AUGUCUGGUGUGGAGGCACAACUUGCUGACACGUCGAAGAACGUCAUCAUUUGUCACUCCUGCGCUAAUGAUUUGGUCGGUGAAUAUGUCUCCUGUCAAGGAUUCUGCAACGCGGUUUUCCACCCUCAAUGCUGCGGCAUUCCGUCCGAGUCGAUGAAGGACGUCAUAUCGCACCGUCAAAUCUUUUGGCUGUGUAAAUCUUGCUCCAAUCUCAUGCUUGAUUUGCGGCAUCGUCGAUCCGUCCAGUGCGCGUUUGAGGCCGGACAGGAACUAUCCUUGAGCCAUCACAACCGGAUUGUUGAGCAACUCAAGACCGAGAUUGUGACGGAGCUGAGAGCCGAAUUGAGCUCGAACUUCGCCAAGUUCAUUUCGUCGAACUCGCUAACUCCGAGGUCAGCAGGCCGCGGUGUGGGCGGUUCGGUUAUUCCCGGAAAUCGUCGACUCUUCGAUAUCAACCCGAGACCUGUCCCCGGUAAGGCUACCGACGCGCCUCCAGAAGUUACCAGCGAUACGUGUCCUCCACCCGGCGAGUUUGCCGCCGCAAACGAAGGCCCUCGUUUCUGGCUGUACCUCUCUCGGGUUUCCCGGAGAGUAACUGAGGAUCAAAUAGUCAAACUAGCCAUCGACCGUCUUCGUACAACCGACAUCCUUGCGACUCGCCUAGUUGCCAAGGGUCGCGACGUAAGCAAAAUGAAAUUUAUUUCAUUUAAAGUGGGGAUGCACGUGAGCCUUAAAGCUAAAGCCCUUUCUCAAUCGACGUGGCCUGAAGGUUUGGUGGUUCGCGAGUUUGAGGAUCGUUCCAGCGAAAAUUUUUGGGAACCAGCGGACGGAGUGAACCCAUCCCAAAGUCUCCAGUCUGCGCCUACUACGCUGCCGCUGACCACACUACCGUUACCAAAUCCUACGUCGCCGUUCAAAACACCGCAACCAAACCCAUCGCUGCCGACCACAACGCCGCAACCAAACCCUACGCUGCCGCCGAACUCGACGCCGAUGAGUACGGAGCCCGUUUCUCCAAUGAGCACCUCGUCGUUGCAAGCCAAUACCCAUUCCGACUAA